AUGGGAGCCGCUGGUUCGAAGCUCGAGAAGGCUCUUGGAGAUCAGUUUCCUGAAAGCGAGAGGUAUUUUGGCCUGGAAAAUUUCGGCAACACCUGCUAUUGCAACAGCGUCUUGCAGGUUAUCUUUCGCUUUCUGAGAAAAGCUGAUACACUUGCGGGCUAAUUCUUCUCUUUUCUGUCCUCAUCUUUCUUUCCGUAUUCGUUACCUUUUCCUCCGAUUUGUUCCCUUCUCUUUGUGUGUGUACGUUAGAUUGAGUCAAAUUGUCACGAACGCCAAAAUAGCGUAUGGCGCGAAGGUCCCGCACUCCAAGGUUUAGUGUACUCUCCGGGGUACUUUUCUGUUUGCCUUUUUCUCUUGGAGGUGCGUCGCUCCCCGUAUUUCCCUUUUUUUUUUGUGUGUCGUAAAUGGGAGGGGGUUGCUGAAGACUUUGCGACUCGUUGAUGGUCGAUCAUUAGGUGUUAUUUGGACGAUGAUAAUUCAAGCGAGUCGAGUUAAUCUGACAUUUCUGUGUUGCUUUUGAAGUGAUCCUUUUAGAAGCUCUGACAGACUUGGCUGGUUUAUUCUCUUUUUCGAUUUAUUUUUCUUGAUGGAAGAACCCAUCAUAAAAUUAUAGUUACUUUUCUUGGAUGUUAAAAAUGGAAAGAAGAGAAGGGUAAAACGGGUGUAAGGCAAAAUUGCCGAUCUAGAUGGAGAAUAAGUUCAAAAAUUAGGAGACGUGUGAGAAUCCAGGGAUUUUGGUCUUCCUAACUGUACCGUCAACCUUAUUCUCAUUUGUCUAUCAUUGGUUUUUCGGUUAUCCCGAUUUUAUUUCUCUUUUCCAAGUCAGAUCCCUCUUAUUUUUUUGAUUUUCAGACCAAUAGUUCACUGUGACGUUUUUUACAAAAUUUAAUGAGAGGAUGUAAAUCAGAGUUUCACGUUUUUAGCAUGUUUUAUGGCAUACACUAAUAAUUAUAUGCAAUGUUUCGUAAAAACAAUUGAAAGCUGUUUUAUCAGAUUGAUUGUUGUCUCUGGGUAUCUGAUUUUAAUCCUUGCUUUUGAACGAUGGCAAUGAAGACAAGCUCUUAAGUAAAGAAGCAUGCAGCAUGUUUCUUUGUUUUAUUAUUUAGUAUCUGAUGGAAAAGUAUCUUUCUUCUACUGUGUUUUGCUUUGCAUUUUUCUUUGCCAGUAUUGUCUUUUUAACACGAGUUCAUGGGUAGUGUUGUACAUAUAUACCUUGUUAUCGGAUCAUUGUUUUGGGUUUGCAACAGUUCAGUUUGAAACAAAAGCUCUAUGCGAUUCAAAGGAAAUUACACUGAGGUUGUAUUAUCAGAGAUGCCCUCGUAAUUCACCAUAAUGUUUCCCAACAACAUAUUACUUCGUCCAAGGCACUCCCCAGUCAUUUCUCUGAGUAGGAGAAGCAGAACUCCCUUACACUUAUUGAGAACAAGCUUCUUCUUUUUUAAGCUAUUUGGAAAAAACUGAAAAAAAAAAUUAAUACUGGAAACAAAUCUCUUUCUGCUAUGUUAUAUAUAGUUUCCAGAGUAGAAUUAACCUCUGGAUUGGAAAUCACUGGUUAUAUAUCCGGUAUUGGCCAUAUUCUCUCACUGCCGCGCCCCCCCUCCCCCUCCCCCCAACAAACCACCGCCUCCGCGAGUCUACGUGCCUGCUUAGACAGUGAUCUUGUAUUAGGAGAAAUUCCCAAAAGCAGUUUGCCUCUGCCAAUGUAUGGCCGGGUCGGGCAUGAUUUUCACAUACCUUGGAAGAAGAUAAAAGCUUGGGAAGAAUGACAACCCUAAUUUGUGUUGGCCAUAUGUGAAGUAUUCACUGUAGUCUGGUAGGAUUGAGAUGUACUUGUCAUAAAUUUUGACAUGUUGGAGACAUUCUGUUCAACACUUAGAACUGUGUUUUCAUAUAUGCAGGCGCUUUACUUUUGUACUCCCUUCCGUGAGCAAUUGCUUGACUAUUAUGGAAAUCACAAGAAUCCAGGAGAUGCAGAAGAGAACCUUUUGACCUGUUUGGCUGAUCUUUUUUCUCAGGUUAAUGCCCCACUGGUCUUUUCUUGCACGUUAUUACUUAGAUAUUAUUCUUUCAUCCUCUUAAUGGAAGAAGGAGAAGAAGGCCGUUAUCAGUCAUUAUUGCCACUCUAGUAGCAAUACCACAGUGAUUCUAUCAUACAAAAUUAGCUGUUUUUCUUGUGUUGGGAGUAAAGUACUCUUUCUUUAUUAUAUCUUUUUUGAAAUGAUUUAUUAAUAUAAAUUAAUGGUUGGUGUCAUUGUUUGGGUUUUCCCUUUUGAUCUGCCCUUUCUUAAUUAACACUAUCUUUUGUUGCAUGCUUACGAGCAUCUACUGUUUUGAAAGUUUUCAUACCUUGACGUGAAUGUAAGGAGUCGAGGGUGAUGAAUUAUUAUUGCAUGAUUAUCUAUGUUCAGUUCGUAAAUUGGUGGACUCGAUGAAUCUUCUUGGUGUAUAGUGUUUGUAUUGUAUCAUGCAACAUGCUUGUGCUAGACUUAAGUUCUGAUGUAAUGUAUUAUGAAACCUGGUUGGAGUGGGAGAAAGAGAAAAUCUUUUACCUUUUGUAUUUUAUUGAUAUAUGCUUCUUUCUAGGUUAGAAGUCCUAUCUACCUGAUACGUGUACUGAUCCUCCUUUAAUGCUAGGAAUCAUUUGCUUUGAAAUCUGCCACAAGGGAUCAUGUUGAUUAAAUUCGGUUGUCACGUGUAGAGCAUUUUAUUUUUUUUUGGAAUGAACUUACGCUUAUUUAGGGGGAGGGCGUGUAUCUCACAUGGGUUUUAAUUGUUUAUUGGCACCGUAUUACUUGCCUACAUAUAAUCUACUCUUGAUGGUACAUAUCACGCUUCCCUCGUUGCUAGGGUUUUUCAUUGAGUUUUUACCUGUUGAUACCAACCAAGUGUGAACAACUUUCCGGUCUAGUUGUUCUGAGAUCUUCUGCCUUCUUUGUUAAAUAUGUUUAGGUUCUGACGCUAGUUCUUGCUAAAUAAUGGUCUGAAGAAAGGAUCUCAUGGCCACAAUAAUCUGGAUGAUGUAUCUAUAGAUCGCAAAAUUGGUGCUGUGGAAAAUAGGUGGUCAUUAUUUGGGUGACUCUAUAUUUAUCAUUGUACGUGUCAUCACGCCUGUUUACUCGUGCUUAAUCUUUGUACAAUCGUCCCUUGGAUUCCGUUUAUUCACUUAUCUUCAGCAAGUUUAUGAACAUUUUUUCGCAGAAAAACCCUUUUAUCAGUCUCAAUCACGAGGGUAAUGUGAUUUUAGAUAUUUUUACCUGCUGACCACUUAAAGUAAUUGCACUUCUAUUAGCUGAUGUUCAUUAAUUAUGGUAGCAGUCCCAAUGAUGUAAUGUGAUUUUGGUUCAAGAUAUCUGAGUAACUGUUUUUGGUGGCAUUUUGUGUUUGCCUCUUACAGAUCAGUUCUCAGAAGAAAAAAACUGGUGUUAUUGCGCCAAAGCGCUUUGUACAGAGAGUAAAAAAAGAAAAUGAGCUCUUCCGCAGUUAUAUGCACCAGGUAACUUGUCACCUGAUAUACAUUGAUGUCUGGAUAACGCUGCCUUUUUUUGUAAAAAUAACUUCACUGGUAUACAUUAACUAUGUAUAGCUUCACUGGUUUUCUUUUUUGACAAUCAAUAUUUCCCCUGAAAUACCACAAACUACUUCCAGUAGGCGGUUUUGGUUAUUGUCACUUUUUUUGUAACGGUCAAAUACCUUUUACCCCUGGUUUUCAUUUGAUUAGACAGAGAAGAAUACGAAUGUUGCCUGAAGUUCUUGAUUUCUGUUUGCCUUAGAUCCUCUUACAUUAAUCUCUCAACGAUGGGUUUGUGUGGUUCAAUAGGGCCAUCAUGGCACAGUUCUAAUCACAACCAAAUGAAGAGGGCAGUAAGGGAUGAUAGAGGAAAUCAACUAGGGGUGCCAGAUGAAAGAAAAACCCGCAACAUUUUUACCCUGAAUCCGAAGUUAUAUGAUGAAAAAAAGGACUUGGUGACCAUAUUUUUCCUCCUAAUUUGUGCGAGCUGAAGGUGAUUGGAGAGUCAAUAGCUUCCAUAUUUUACUUCGUAGUUGAUUACAACCGUAUUUUCUGAAGUGAAGAUGAUGGGAAGACUUUCUCUUCUGAGAUAUACCGUUGCUCUCUUUUACUUUUUCACUGAUCUCCUUGUAUUUCUGUUCUCUUCUUUCACUUGUUGCCUACAGAGACGAUGCAUUGACGGUUAAAGGCAUCAUAAAGUGUGUCGCCAUACUCUGUGGUUUUAUAUCCAUUCCGAAAUGAGGCAUCAUCUAUUUUACUUUCAUGCAGGAUGCUCAUGAAUUCCUGAAUUUUUUGCUAAAUGAGCUUGUCGACAUAUUGGAGAAGGAAUCCAACGCUGCAACUUCCUCUCCAGGAACGUUGACAGCAUCUGAAAAUAUUGCCAAUGGAACAUGUAAUCACGUGAGCAAUGGCAUCAAAGAAGAGCAAUUAGUUUCAUGGGUUCACAGGAUUUUUCAGGUAUCCUCGAUUCAGAACCAUGGUUAGACUCUCUCUCAACUGUUCACUGUUUUUCUUUUUCUUUUUCUUUUUCUUUUUUUCCGACGACAUCAAAAGCAACUGAUGUUCCCGUGCGUCCUUGCCUUUUGUAGAUGAACGUAUUCAUGCAUAUGAUGUUAGUGACCAAAGUUCACCAUUGUUUUGGGGAUUUUUUAUACUAACCCCGGUGCAUUUUCCCUCUAAAACGUGUACAGGGAACGCUGACUAAUGAAACACGGUGCUUGCUGUGUGAGACAGUGACGGCAAGGGACGAAACAUUCUUGGACUUGAGCUUAGAUAUUGAACAGAACAGCUCAAUCACAAGUUGUCUUAAGAACUUCAGUUCGACGGAGACUCUGAACGCUGAAGAUAAGUUCUUCUGUGACAAGUGCUGCAGGUUAGGCCUCAUUCUCCCCUCCUCUCCCUUUCAUUCUGUCAACCCGUUAUCUGAGAGCUUCUCUCAGCAGUGAUAUAAUAUAUAUAUAUAUUUAUAUAUCAUCGUCUAGAUGUUCGUUCACAUCAUAAAAUCAGAUUGCCAAUGUGGGAAACAAAACAGCACAUUGAGUUGAAAUUUCCUUAUUCUUUAUGCCAUUAAUUUUCUCAUCAAUCGGACUGAGCAUACUAAAAUCUGAUCCGAUUAGCUUUCCCUUCCUUACUGGCAUAGUUUACAGGAAGCCCAGAAGAGGAUGAAGAUAAAGAAGCUGCCGCACAUCCUGGUGAUCCAUCUCAAGCGCUUCAAGUACAUUGAGCAGCUGGGCCGCAACAAGAAACUGUCCUAUCGCGUCGUCUUUCCAGUGGAGUUGAAGCUGAGUAACACUGUAGAUGGCGACGACACCGAGUACUCCCUCUUUGCUGUCGUGGUUCAUGUGGGCAGCGGGCCGAACCACGGCCACUACGUCAGCCUCGUGAAGAGCCACAGCCACUGGUUGUUUUUCGACGACGAGAACGUGGAUAUGAUCGACGAAUCUGCCGUUCAGACGUUCUUUGGGUCGGCCCAAGAGUAUUCAAGCAACACGGACCAUGGGUACAUCUUGUUCUACGAAAGAGCCGUCCCCGGGAGUUGA